CCGAACGUCAAAAGGAGCCCCGCGCAAAAGCGUGCGCUGCACAAAUAUACAAACACUCUUCCUUUGCAAGCUUUUCCCCAUUCACUAGCAAAGUAUAUAAGUAGUUUUCAAUCCUCUCCAAUUCCUUAGCGCUGAAAAUUUCAACAACUUCAAAACAUUCAAACAAUGGCCACCAUUAACAAGCUUAAAGUGGAUGGCCUCCGUAAGCAACUUUCAAGUCGCGGUCUUGACACCACUGGAAACAAACCCAUUUUGGUAAGGAGGUUAGAGGAGGCAAUUGAAGAGGAGGAAAACAAGAAACAAUUAAACGAUGAUAGAAAGAGAUUGAGGGAUGAUGAUUGUGAUUCAAAUGGGAAGAAGAUGAAGACUCUGACUGUGGAGGAGGAGUAUAAGAAGAUGAGUGUUAAGGAGUUAAGGGAGUUAGCCACUUCUCUUGGGGUUUCCACUAAUGGGUCAAAGAAAGAACUUGUUGAGAGGCUUUGUGCUGCUUCUGAUUCACAGAAUGACAUGUCAAAAGAUAAUGUUGGAGAUGGGGAUGAAGGUGAGAGAGAGAAAUUGAUCACAGCAACAAAGAAGGGUGCAGCUGUUUUGGAUCAUUACCUGCCAGAUGACAUCAAGACACGUUACCAUGUCCUGCAACAAGGCAAUGAGAUUUAUGAUGCCAUAUUGAACCAAACAAAUGUUGGGAACAACAAUAACAAGUUCUAUAUCAUUCAAGUUCUAGAGAAUGAUAAUGGUGGGAACUUCCUAGUGUAUACUAGAUGGGGCAGAGUUGGUGCAAAGGGUGGAACGAAGAUCAAUGGUCCCUAUACGUCUGCAGAUGCUGCCACCUCUGAGUUUGAGAGCAAGUUCUAUGACAAGACCAAGAACUAUUGGUCUAACCGGAAAGAUUUUGUUUGUCAACCAAAGCAAUAUACUUGGUUGGAAAUGGACUAUGAUGAAACUGGGAAAGAGUCAUCUGUCCAAGAACUGUCCAACUCAAUACUACAAAGUCAACCUCAUGAGACUAAGCUAGAGGCCCGGAUUGCAAAGUUCAUAUCUCUUAUUUGCAAUGUCAAUAUGAUGAGGCAGCAAAUGAUGGAAAUAGGGUACAAUGCUAACAAGUUGCCACUCGGUAAAUUAAGCAAAACAACUAUUUUAAAGGGCUAUGAUGUCUUGAAAAGGAUUUCUGAUGUAAUUGGCCAGUCCAACAGAAAACUGCUUGAAGAUUUGACCAGUGAAUUCUAUACAGUCAUUCCUCAUGAUUUUGGCUUCAAGAAGAUGCGUGAGUUUAUCAUCGACACCCCUCAGAAGUUAAAACGCAAAAUUGAAAUGGUCGAAGCUCUUGCUGAAAUUGAAGUUGCAACUAAGUUAUUGGAAGAUAACACAGAGAUACAGGAUGAUCCUUUGUAUUAUCAAUAUGAACAACUUCGUUGCAAACUUAUUCCAGUUGAAGUUGGUACCCAGGAAUAUUUCAUGAUUGAGAAUUACAUGAAGAAUACUCAUGCAAAAACACAUUCUGGUUAUACUGUCGGUAUUGUUCAAAUAUUUAGGGCGUCAAGAGGUGAUGAAACUGAAAGAUUCCAGAAGUUCUCGAAUACAAGUAAUAGGAUGCUUUUAUGGCAUGGUUCUCGGCUGACAAACUGGGCUGGCAUUCUUUCACAGGGUUUACGAAUUGCUCCUCCAGAGGCACCUUCGACUGGGUAUAUGUUUGGUAAAGGUGUUUAUUUUGCUGAUAUGUUCUCCAAAAGUGCAAAUUAUUGCUAUGCAUCCUCUACUGCUAGGGAUGGUGUGCUUCUGUUAUGUGAGGUUGCUCUUGGUGACAUGAAUGAGCUUCUGUCAUCAAACUACAAUGCUGAUAAGUUGCCUUUGGGAAAGCUAAGCACCAAAGGAGUCGGUGCUACUGCUCCAGAUUUUUCAAAAGGUCAUCUACUUGAAGAUGGUGUCGUCGUUCCUUUGGGAAAGCCAAAGAAGCAACCAGACCACAAGGGACAUUUGUUGUAUAACGAGUACAUAGUUUACAACGUGGAACAAAUAAGGAUGCGCUACAUUAUCCAGGUUGAGUUCAAUUAUGGGAGAUAAUCACUCUAAAUAUAUGGUUAUAGAUUUUCAUCUUAGUUUUGACAAUCAGAAUAUUGUUUAGGUAUUUUAUCAUGUAAAUUUAUACUUUUGAUCGUCUAUGUGAUUAUAGCAAAGGUAGCACGAGAAAACUUUGCCAGAAAUGAGUGGUUAUGCUUAUAGUGAAUUCUCCCUUUUCCGGGCCUGAGAUACUAGGUAGUGGUAUUCCCUUAAGUAUUUUUGUUUAUGUAGAGUUUUGUUGAUUUGGAUGUAUCUAGUAUUACUGAACAAGAUUCACAAGCUAUUAGCAAGGGUUAAUUUGAAAUGCAAAACCUGUUCUAUA